CCAGCAAUAUGCAAUGGGUAACCUAUUGUUGACUUUCGGGGUCAUCCAAAUAGAGGGCACCGUACAAGAGAGAAGAAACACCACCGGCACAACCUGCCACAAACCCCUGUUGAGUUUAGACUUGCUCAGUCUGCUGUAUCCUUAACAAAAAAAUAUAAGAUGGCGGAAGGGCUGCGUUCUGAGCUAACACGUGUCUUGGACUUUGAGAAAGAAGCACGCAAAAAACUUUCUGACUUCGCCUGGCAUUUCUUCAGCAGAAGGAGGGACGCAGGACAGACAUAUCAGGACAAUUUGGACGCUUUCAAACGAUACCGUCUCAUCCCUUGUAACCUUCGUGACGUGUCCAUCCGGGACACCACAGUAACCGUUCUGGGUACGAGGUUAGAUUUCCCGAUAGCCAUUGCGCCAACAGCCAUGCAGCGAUUGGCUCAUCCUGACGCGGAGUUGGCAACCGCCAAGGGCGCCGCUGCCAUGAACACAGGGAUGGUGCUGAGCUCCUGGGCUAACCUCUCCCUGGAAGAGGUUGCUGAAGCGACCCCUCGCGGAGUCCGCUGGUUUUACCUGCUGUUCUUCAAAGACCGCCGCCUCACGAGGCACAUGUUAGAUAGAGCGCAGCGGGCGGGUUACACCGCGGUGGUUCUGACCGUCGAUCAGCCGAGCUUCUCCUUUUCCCGGCACGAGAAGCCAAAUCUACCGCCUGUUCCCGUAAGGUAUCCUAAUGCCUACUAUGCGGGAGAUCCCGUCGGCUUGGUGGGGACAGUCGAGGUCGAAGAACACCUGAGAGCGACGGUUAAAGUGCCCGGGACGUGGGAAGACGUGGAGUGGGUCAGGAAGAACACUGAACUACCUGUCGUCCUGAAGGGCAUUCUCUCGGUUGAAGACGCCAAGACGGCUGUCCAGUUAGGGGUAGACGCCGUCUAUGUGUCUAACCACGGCGGGAGGCAAAUGGAUGGUUUACCCGCCACAAUUGACGUUCUACCGGACAUCGUCCGUGCGGUUGGCGGUAAGGCGGAGGUUUACCUGGACGGAGGGAUCAGGACUGGGACGGACGUGCUGAAGGCCUUGGCGCUGGGAGCCAGGUGUGUGUUCAUCGGCAGGCCCGUACUCUGGGGGCUGGCACACAACGGUGCAGAAGGAGUCCAACAGGUUCUACAAAUUCUGAAAGAUGAACUCAGUGUGGCUAUGGCCAGGGCAGGCUGUGCCAAGAUAUCCGACAUCCAGCCAUCUCUUGUCGUGCACCAGUCGUAUUACGGCAUAACAACCCGCAAAGCAGUACCGAUGUCUAAAUAUUGA